AUGGUCUCCUCUCGCCAAACACUGGAGCUAAUCCCAGCUCAUCUGUCUUUCCUGAAGGGGUCUUACCUAUCUAAAUAUUUCAGCUCAGAAUGGUCAUUUGCUCAGUUUCACUUGCCAGAAUGUACCCGAUUCAUGACAGCAUUUGGUACUCAGGACACAGUCAUUAUUGUGGGCAUGGAUGGGAGUUUUUACAGGUGCAGCUUCGAUCCAGUGAAUGGAGGGCCGAUGGUGCAGCAAGAACAUGUUCUCUUUCUGAAAACCGAAACUAGACCUAGACAGGGCUAUCGCUAUCUUUAUGUCAUGCGUUCCUUUUUCUGUACAAAUGUGCUGAGAAUCCUGUGA